AUGAUCGUUGGAGGGCCGACCGGUGGAGACUCCAACAGAGCUAGGAAGGCGUACGCUCUGCGGCCAGAGAUCCACGUGGUGGGAUGUAGCAGGGAGAAGGCCGAAGGGCCCAAGAUCAACUUCGACCCUAAUGAUUUGGAGAGAGUGAAGAUCUCUCACGAUGACGCGCUGAUCAUCCGAGCGGUAAUUGCUAAUUACAUCAUUCACCGAAUUUUUGUUGAUAUAGGGAGUUCGAUGAACAUCAUCUUUAAGGAAGUGUUCGAUCAAUUACAAAUUGAUCGAAACGAGUUGCUGCCCAUGAUGACUCCUCUGUAUGGUUUCAUGGGAAAUGAAGUACUACCGCUCGGACAGACCCGACUGACCGUCUCACUUGGAGAAGAGUCACUAAGGAGAACCAGGAUCAUAAACUUCAUCAUAGUAGAUGCACCAUCGACCUACAAUGUCAUCUUGGGACGACCAACCCUCAACAAAUUUCGAGCGGUGGUGUCUACGUACUUCCAAAAGAUCAAGUUCUCGGUGGACGACCGGGUGGGUGAAGUCAAAGGCAACCAACUCGCCGCUCGGCGAUGCUAUGUCGAGAUGGUCAAGUUUGAAGCAAGGAGCACUCGGAAGAAUCCGCGCUUGGAGGCGAACGCCGUCACCAAGAAGCUUCAUGGGUUGGUCUACGAGGAAAAGGAGCAAAGUCCAAAAUCCAUCCAAGUCAGAUGGAGGCCACCGUAUUGUUAG